AUUCAGUUCAGUGCUGACUCUGGUAUCGAUCGGUUCACGUGGAAAACUUACGGAUGAAGGUGCUUCUUUUGUUUGGUCGGCUCAUGGUGAAAUAGCUCUAUUCCUAGGAUUAUCCCCCCACUUGGCCCCCUCCGUGAACGGCAGGUGGUAAGGUGUUCAUUUUUUCUAUGGCAGAAGGAGGAACAGGAAGAGUGGAAAGCGUCACUGUGAUAGCACAGAAGAACGUUAUCGCGUGGAGUGCCUCUCACACGCUACGACCCAAAUUGUUGCGAAAGGUGGCAGUGUAAGGAAGAGUGCAAAAUAAAGUUCGUAAUUGGAUUUGAAAGGUGACUACUCGCCGUGAAUUGGUGUUUCUUACAUUUCGGCUGGAUAUGGUAAUGACGAAGCUGCAUCGCAUUCCCGGUGACAACGACCUGCCGAAGGUUCAACAUCGACUCAUGCAAUGUUGAAACGUAACAUUACGUGUAAGUGGAGCUAAGAAUUGUGAAGAAGAAACAGUGAAACAAUGAAGAUUAUUGGUUAAAAGUGGAACAAACAGUGUGCUUAUUGUGUUGUGAAUUCGAAAAACGAAAAUAAUCAAGAGUUUGUUAGUUCGACUAGAAACAAUUUUUGGAUUUCCCGGACUGUAACGAUAACAGCGACUGUUUGGAACGACAAACAGAGGGUGGAUAAGCAAAAAAAAAAGAAGCCUCGGAUUCUUCGGCUGAAAAACCCCAUCCAUGAUGAACCGUAAUUAUCAACUAAGCCCCAAUUCAGGCCUGCCAGUGCAUUGUUACCUGUGAACUGUGUGCCCCAAGAGCCGCAUACAAAAGCUGCACAAAACUUGCUGCGGGAAACCAACGGGAGUGAAGAAAAUCGAUCGCAAAAGUGGUUCCAGAAUUUGCCCUGGUAUUUAUCUACGCCUCCUCAUCACCGACGUUGCGCACUCACCCCUUGCGGUUCGCGAAUUGCUGCACCGCGAAAGAAAAUUCCGACAAAUCCCGUCGUUGUCAACAGCCCCAUCUGUUGCGGGUGGUCGGUGGUGGUGAUGACAGGAGGAGGGUAGAGCGACAAGUACAUGACGGUGGUGACUUGUGUUGUGCACUUUUUUUUUCGAGAAGGAUGGCUUAGAGGUGAUUAAUAAAACUACUUCCCAGGGGUUUCGUCGAUCGAUAGUGUGCCCGGUGGUGACGUCUGAUGCGCGAAGUGAGUUGAAGUUGAAGAGAUAAAACCAAACGAGGGAAACGAAAGUGAAUAUACAGUGCAUACAGAAGUAGGUGCGAAGAAGAGAGAAGCAAUUUUGAAGUUUAUUGUGCACACACACACAUACCCUUGGAGAGUGUAUAUUGGAGACGUGUCGUGAAAUAUUGUUGAGUAGUAGCGUCUCGCAAGGCUGUCAAGUUUAAUUCGUUUUGUUUGAGCUUUGUUGUUAUUUUUUUAAUCGGGUAUAUCAAUUCGUUGAACUCAAGGCAAAUGAUAUAAGGGGUAAAAGUGAAAUUUUAUAGUCCCGCGUUAUCCUAGCAUGCUUUGACUGAACGCUGCUAGCUUCGAACUGUUGCUUUUGUGGAAGAACCCGAACAGUGUUGGAACAAAUAUUAAGAUUAGCCGGUUGAUAAAGAUCAGGCAAUUAUCGAUUUCCGAGCGAGUGUUUGUGUGGGUAAUUAGUUUGGCCACGGGAUUAACUCCAUUGUUCAAUUUCGCACGUUUCAGCCGGAUAGCAAAUGACAGCCCAAGUGAAAGGAGGAUGGAUUAAAAGGUUAUUCAUCUGAUGUGUGGUGUUUAUUCUGGUGAAGAAGAAAGGUGCAAGGGUGCGAGUGAUGCGUGUCAGAGAAUAAUAAAUAUCGGAGAUAACGUUAAUUAACGGAUCGGUGAGGAACAGCGUCUGCCACAGCAUAGUAAAUGUGAAACGGUUGUAACGUUUCGCACUGAUUUAACACAGCAGAUAUCGAUCAGAUCGGUGCUUCGGCGCAGCUGACGAGUUGGAUCUAAUUGGGAGAAAAUAUGUCAAAGGACCCCUCGCAGUCUCGAAUACCACGCAUCGGAAACAGUAGCAGCAUCAGUAGUAGAAUACCCAUUCCAGGGUCAAUCCGUCCGCCCCAGUUUCAGUCUCGGCUGGCCAAACCGACACUAGUGCAGCCGGCUGCUAUCUUUGCGACUCCUGUCAGCUCCCAUCUGAGGCCCCCUCGAGUGGCUGCAACCACAAUUGCUCGUUCCUACUCGGGUGACAAGCUAUGCGGUGAACCGUUUCCCGUGCUUGCUGCGUCGACUCCCGGCCCGAUAUCGUUCUACUCGAAGCUACAGCUCGCAUCGACCGAAAGCCUCAAUGACUUCCAGCAGCGCGAUACAUUCUCCGCCGGAUCCUCGAAAGGUCCUGUCGUAGACUACAGCGAUGGGGAUCGAAUGCUGGUAGAUGAAUCGCUGGAGCUAGUUGGCGCUGGUAGUACGGAUAAUCUGGCCGAUCCAGACCUGGGUCUCACCAUGCUGCGGGCGGCAUCGAGCAACGAAACCAUCACGCUUAACAGCGAUGGGAACGUCACGUAUGAGGUGAGACGCAGCGGAACGUUCGUUGCCUCGUCCCUUGAGUCACUGAAACUCGGCGGUAGUCGAGAGUCACUGAAUCGAACUAGGGAGAAGGAUUCUUCGUUACUGACAGAGAAGUCUGGUGCCGAUUCGCCCGGUUUGAACAAAACACACAUCCUGGAUAUGGACGUUCAGGAUUCGACCAGGGUGCUAAAUUCUACAAUGGUAACCAACAAAGCGUUGAACAAUACACACAUCUUGGAUAUGGACGUGCAGGAUUCGACCAGGGUGCUAGAUUCUUCGAUGACCACCAACCGAUUAGUUAAUGUAACACAAAACAUUCCAAAUAUUACUAAGGAGCUGGAGGCAGGUUCUGGUGCAGGUUUACCGCACAUUCGAAGUGAUAGUUUGCUGUAUCAUACCCAUGAAGUGAAUAGCCCAGAUCGGCUGUUGCCUGCGGAGCCGGUGGCUCAGCGACCCACGAGACUGACGUUCAAUUUGAACGAAACUACUGAGUUGUUGCACUUUUCCGAUUCACCGGCGGCCCUUAACCGAACGCAUGUAUUCAGUUCAACAAUGCACUCACCGCGAGCGGCGGGAUCCAGCACAGACGCAUUGAACGUUACCAGGGACAUCGAAGGACCAAGUCUGAUUGAUGCGAUGCAUCUUAGCAGCCUACCGCUGGAUACCAGCUGCGGUGAGACUACACUGGUGGCGGAGGAUUUUGUGUUGCCCGAAUCGAAGCCCUCAGACGAGAUGGACGUGGAUGAAAGUGGAGCCGGGAAAGAGAUAUUUGAUCUGAGCUUGGAUGAGCCGGUUUCCGCUGGGAAAGACGAUGUUGUUCUGAGGCCGCUGGAAGGCCGAUGCUCGAUUGCUGCAAAGCAAAGGUAUUCAUUUGGGUUGGAUCUGACCGAGUGCACGCUGGACUGCUCGAUCGAGCUGUGCGAUUCUUCGCUAUCGUCUAAUAAACCACCCAUCAAGUCUCCUGUAUCCAACAGUUUGACGAAACAGGGCUCGUUUGAGAUGGACGAGAGCUUGGGAAUUUUGACUCCCGACCAGAUGAAGGAAUUUUUAGACUCGACUACCACCAAUACUAACAAUACGAAUAACCUUGAGUUGCAACUGAACGCUGGGUCCCACAAACAUGGGCUUCACCAGUGCCGGAUCGAUCAGACACCUUCACCGGAGGAACUCCCCCUGGAUCCGGUGGGAGUGAAGACUGACAUGUCGGACAUCAUUCUGCCGUCGGAGAUUCACUCGAACGCUGGCCCAAUGAUGUACCAGGAGAUCUCACAAACGGAUUCCGACUCAAAGACAGACCAAAUGACGAAAUCUGCUACGUCUAAGGUAUCAAAUAGUUUCAUUACUAGCAUUACGAGUAUAACGAGUUUGGACACGGGUUAUCAGGGUGACGGCGAAAUGUCGCGACCGGCCAGUCGGGGAGCGGACCACUCGCCAUCGAACGGGCCGCGAAUAAAGAACCAAGGAGGAGGACCAGCGGCACUGGCAGCAGCUUGGAAUGCUCAGCCAGCGGUUGCACCGGUGCCACGCCGACAGGACCCAAUGACCGACAGUGACUUCUUCACCGAAAGCGAUGCGGACGAUGUUUUCAACCGGGGAGAUCGAAGGGCCCAAAUAAUCGACGGUCAGUUGUAUGGCCCGAUGAUGCAAGGAGCAAAUGUAUUUAUUAACCAGCAGCCACAAAAUGAUGACUCUUGUAUGGAGUCCAGUGGUAUAUUUACAGAUGUGGACAACCGUGGCGAUGACGAUCUCGUCCACAGGCGGUCGGAGAAUGACGAGCUGGCAGAACCGGAGUGUCGUGUCGAAGCGGUGGGGCAGCAGGCGGCCACACAGAGCGAUAUGAGUCCCGACACCUCGACGGACACAAUCAGUAGCAGUAAUACCGCGUGCAGCCAGAAGAAGCUAGUGCUAGUGGACGAACAAGCGGUCGGCACUAAUUGUUUACAUGAUGCUUCAAUGGUGUCGUCUAUUAACACAAACGCCUCGUCGCCCGUGCAGCUUGCCGACAAGCUCUUCAGUAGUGAUUGUGAAACGCCGGACAGCCAUCAUCGGUGUGACGUCACCAAACACGUUGUCACACCUGUGUUUGGUCCAACGGUGGCGACACAGAAUCAGUCGUCAUCAUCGCCAUCAUUAACAACCACUUUGGUGAAUGGCAGACUGUCAGAUAGCAGCGGCGGCGGCGUUGGUAAUGUUAGUGUCGAAUGCGCAACCAGCUUAGCCUCACGCGGGGUCUCGAAUACGAGUACCGACAGUUUGUCUGGUGCGUCCGUUGGUAGUGGAAGUAUUAGUAGCGUCAGCAAUGGCAAAAAACUCAAUUCCACCCGUAAACAGCAGAAGAAUGAAACAAAUUUGGUGCUCAAAAAGCAUGAGAUGAAGUCAUGUUCGACGCGGCUAUUCAAGGACUCGGUGGUCAGUUCUUCGCGCAGUGUCGGCGGAAGUGUUCUCAACCUGAAUGGUGGUGGCGGUGAGUGCGAAAAUCAGGAAAACAGACGCCCCACCAAUGACAAUCAUCAUCGCGGCAUCGGCGGCGGUGGCGGCGGUUAUGCACGUGGUGGUUUCGGUGGUGUGAGCGGUGGUAGUGUGGGAAAUUUAAGUUUUAUCAAAAAGUCGGCCACUCCGAACAAAUGGGAUGCAGUGAUGAAUAAAAUCGCCGAGAAUAAGGCGGCGGUGGCCAAGAGAAAUUUUAGUGAUGUGAAAUCGAAAAUCAGCUGUGGCAAAACGGUGGCGGCUUCGCUGUCGUGUCGUGUCGAUUCGCCGGCCUCAUUGAAGAGUCCACCGUCGGAAUGCAACAGCAUUGGCAGUGGGAGUCGCAGCGUCGGGGCGGCGCCAAAAUCGGUCGGUGGGAAGCGAUUUGUUUCCGGCUCGAUGAAACGCGGCCGAACCCACAGCAAAGACAGCCAACGGAGCUCCCAGAGCGAUCUCAGCCUAACUAGCGUAGCAGCGAAGCUCCAGUCGAAAGCUUCUAGCACACGACCAGCGAAAAAGCGAGAUGUGCGCACCAUCAACUCGUCGUCUAGCGAUUUGGGUCCACCAUCAAAGACACUCGGUGGCUCCCAGCAUGGCCAGCCGCAUCAGCAGCAGCCGCAGCCACAGACCCCGUUCCAACGAGUCAAUCUCCGCACACCGUCCACGUUGCAGAAACGAAUAUCGCCCAACGUAACGAACACACCGGCAUCGAUUGUGCCAGAGCAGCUGAAGGGAUCUCCGCCGCUGAAGCGGAACCUGGUCGCGAAACGAGUGCUUUCGGUCAACAAUAACAACAAUAACAACAACCACACUAGCGUAACGCCUACGCCAGCGCAUGUGGUGAAAACGCCACUACGAGAUCACAACCGUUUAGUUGGCCCGACGCCGACCGCCAAGCAGCAGCAAACUGGAGCAAACUCACCGAAAUCGCAGACGAAGGCCUUGAUCCGGUCGUCAAACCAACACGUUACGACAGCGCCAAACGCCGGUCAAAAUAACCACACCACCAUCAGUAGCAACAAUAACAAUAAUAGCUCGUCACUGAAAAAUGCCACCAACCUUCAACGGAAUGGAACCAUAAUCCUGGAGAAGUCAGCCCCAUCGCUAGUGCGUGGGGCCGAUGGACUCGCUAGCCCAACGACGGCGGCUGUCAUCGUCCACCCGAAACAGCAACAACAGUCGCUCGACAACUGUGACGACAAACUAUGCGAUCGAACGAUCCUGCUAGCAGCGAACGCGGCAGUCGCCAAAACUACGAUUGCCACAACGCCCAACAACCACAAUUUAGUCGAUAUUAGUUUGCUCAAUCAUGCCAACCGAGGCGUGGAAGCGCUGGGAGUUUUAGUACAAUACUUAGUUUUUAAUCUGGAUGCCUUUUCCUGUCCCCUCAUCAAAAAGUCCCAUCAGAAAACCACCCGUGACCUGCUAGACACCAAAUCGAUGCUCGAUGAGGAGCAUCAAACAUGCCAGUCGCUGAAGCAACAGAUACACGAAACGACCGAACGCGAAGCCAAGCUCCAGGAGUUGCAUCGAUGCGAGAUCAGUAAAGCGGAGGCUAAUCUCAGUGAGCAACAGCGCUCCGCUGCUGACCGCAUAACGGCCCUUGAGGCGGAACUGCUGCGCAAGGAACUGGAUGCGGACAUGAAACUACGAAACCGUACCGAAGAGUUCGAAAGCAAGCUGGCCGAGCGGGAUGCCCAGCUGAAACAGUUCAAAGCUCGCGAAGUGGAUCUGUUGCAGCGGGUAAGCGAUCUCAGCUGCACCGAGAAUGAGCUACGCGAAAAGGUGCACUCUAGCGAGCUGGAGUUCAGCGAACGGCUCCAGGCGGCGACCAUGCGCGAACGUGACCUUACCGAACAGCUGAAGCACCUCAACCGUCAGAUGGAAGAGAUGCGUCGCGUCAAUGAAGCCAGAGAACGAGAGUUGCAGGAGAAAAUUAGUCUUACCCAGGACGAAUGUAGCUUCCUAAGGCACAGUCGAAACUCGUCGGAACCUCCGCAGGGAUCGUCAUCACCCCAGGAACAGUUCCAGCGGAGCUCACUGAACGGUGAUCACACCCUGAUGGGUAAUCGAUCUUCGAGCAAUCUCAGCCACGCACAGAUUCUGCAGGAUGAAGUUGACAGCCUGCGAUAUGUGCUGGAUUUGAAGCAACGAGAGGUUUCUGACCUAAGAAAAAUCACUCAGGAGUAUGAGCGGGAUGCCAAAGAAUUGCCCGCGGCGCUGGUCAAAAUCUCCGCUCUGGAGUCGAGAAUCGAGGAUUUGCAGGUGCAAAUCAAAACGAAAACCGAGGAAGAAAAAGAGCUACAACACAAGAUGAAACUGCUACAGGAUAACCUCAAGCAGGAGACCAAGGUGAAGAGCCGGCUUUCGCAGCACAACGAGGAACUGCAGUGGAAGUUGAAGCAGAACUCGGAGAAAUUCUCCCACGUCUAUGCCGAGUUAUCGAAGAGCUACCACGAGAAUUCGAGCAUCCUUAACACGACCCGUACCAGUUUGGAGCAGACCGUGAAUACAGCCUAUCACCACAACAACACGCUCAACCAUAGCCGGUCGAGCUGUUCGGAGCGAGUGUUCGAUAUGGAUGACCUCUCGCCACCGACUUCUCCGGUUAUCAAGGGAGUGGUUGAGAAGAGCGAUUCUGUGUCGUGGGUGCUGGAGAUGGACGACGAACCACCGGAGAUCACUGCCUCGCGCAUGGUGCGCCGGGCCGGUUCUUUUCGCUCAAGCUUCUCCGGUGCAAACCAGGACAUGAAGCGUCACAAGGGGAGUGUCCAUAGUAAUUCAUUCAACGGCACCAGCGGCAUUCAGCAGUCAAGCUCUGCCAGCUCGAUCCAAAAACAGCACGAUACCUCUUCAGCGAAGACCGCCUCGCCUGGCACUCCGCGCUUGAGGUCCAACUCGGUUAACGUGAAGUCAACCGACCCACCAAAGAAGAUUGCACGCUCCAAUUCGGGAGCAUCAUCAUCGGCGGUAUCCAAACCAAUCCGAAUGGCAGAAAUGCCACUUUCGUGGAAGGAACCUCCGCUUUACAGCAGCUCUCCGUAUGCUCACAGAAGGUUUCUGAACGAGCGCAUGGAAAGUGGUGGCGGCGGGAAUAAAACAUUCGCCAGCCAGCGAGAAACGAAGGAUUUUUUUCUAGAGGAAACCGAAUCCAUCAGUGAUAUGGGCGGAGACAGUCCGUACAGCCGAAGUCGAGCCGGUUCGUUUAGUGCUGGUCCGUCGGACCAAGCGUCCGAACGAUCGGCGGUUGAAUUUUUUCAUAGGGAUAAAACCCCAAAUUUUAAAAAGAGUAAAGAGAACAGAGGACUAAUAACAUGUGAUACAAAAGCACUGACCGGGGCAGGGAAUGACGUGCCAGCGCUCAAAAAGCGGCGUGAAUUUGCACACAAGAAUCUUGCCGGGAAGAACAGCUCAAUACCAAAGGAAGCGGCCGGUGAAGCGCUGGUGUCCGGAUCGAACUCGGAUGACGAGGCAUCGUCCUCGUCCUGCCUGUCGGAUGAUUUGUCCUCCGGAAGGAGCAGCAGCAGUGGCGCCAGCAGCUCAACCAGCACCACCAGUGGAUCUUCAUCGUCCCACUCGUCUCGGAGUGGUGCCGACGGUCGAGAGGCUCUGGUUGUGCUGGAGGAAGACGGUGAGCUGCAGUCGCACUGCUCCACGAUGGACGAUGGACGCCGACGUUCGUCGAAUAUCUCCCUGGGAGAUGCACUGAUGCAAAAGAUAGUCGCUAGUCUGAAUGGGGGCCUUUCCGGCAAGGGCAACGAAACGCCCAUGGAAGUUAGCUGGUCCGAAGACGGAGAUCCGUCCGAGUCUGUCGUAUGACAAGACGACGAUAGCUUUUAAAACGAAUCGCAAGAAAAGUUGUUGGCAAAGUUCGUAUUAGGAUCAGCUAAAAAAAUAUGUGAACACUAAGCGCGAAACUAAGUGAUGUGUGUGUGUUUCCCUGUGGGAUCCUGCCGCCAGUGGCGGCUUACUAAUUCUACAGAACGAGCGUGGAGCGCGUUCGAUUAAUUUUGACUUUGGCGAAACAGGAGUAGAAAAAAAACGAGAGUAGGCCCUUCAAUCUGCCAGAACCCUUAUUUUAAUGAUAGGUUUUGUUUUUUUUAUUAUAAGUCAAGUGAAUCAGUUGUUAUAUGUAUAAUUUUUGUAUUUAUAUCGAAUUUGGUAGGAAUGGUUUGCGGAGACAGUGAAUGAUAUAUUAGUUUUGGAUGCGACGAGUGGAAGAGAGGAAGGUUCGAGAUCUGUUUUUUUUCAAUUUGUUCUUUUAAUGAGUAUCUAUCUGUCUAGCGAGAGCACAAAUUUGCGUUGUCCAAAUUAGUGAUUAGAUAAAAGAAGAAGAAGAAGAAGAAGAAGAUUAGUCAGUCGGCGAAUACAUGAAGCGUUAUAAUUUCUGUUCCCUGUAAUUAUUAGCGAUAUGAGAAGAUAAUAAAUCGAGCAUUACUAGCAGGAUAAGGUUCCCACAGCAAUUAUUCUGGAUGGUUUCGGAACGCGCCGUGUAGUCGGCUUUCGGACCUAGGAUUAUACGCGUCGAGUGGAAGUAAAUAUUUGCCCUUUUGAAAGAAAUAUUUAAUUGUUACUAGACCUUUAAGAGAACUUUAAGCAAGAUUGUAAAAAAUGUCUGAACCUAUAAGCAGAAUCAAAACAACCAACAAUUUAACUAUUUGUGUAUAAACACACGAUGGUAUUUAUAAAGCAACACAAGACGAUUGAUUGAAUGGAGGAGGAGAAACCGUUAUCUCAUAUAGCAGCCUUCUUUUUUAUCACUACCUUGUUGAAUGCCUCAGUUUCGAAAUUGGUGCUCAUACGAAAAUAAGGGCUGAGAUUUAAGGCGUACCAACAACAACAAAAAAUUGUCAGGAGGACGGAUAUUCGGGUAUAAACUGUGACCGGAACAAAUCGAGCAAAGAGAAUUCUCGAAAUAAGUUGUAGAUUUUUUUCCCAUCCAUUGGAACUAUGCGAGCAGCAUUCUUGAUUAUUGUUAUCCUUUCUUUGACUUGAUCAAAAGUGUUACGACACUCAUGUGAAGGCUUCUACUCAGAUGUACGGACAGGAGAUCGCUGUUAAAUUGGAAGGCAGUCCCACAAGCAGUCGAUGAGUAGAAAACAGUUCUGAUACUAGCGUGAUAUUUAAUAUGUUUUUGGCGAGGAAAGCGAUUGUUUAUUUACAUAAAAUAUUCUUAGCUCUGAUGUAUGAUAUUGACACAGUUUGAAUAACGGAAACCAAGGAAGAAUUCACACCCCCACACACGAAAAGUAGUAGCAGUUUGUCCGCAGUUCUAUAUGAGGAUAUUAAAUGCAACAGCAGCAGCAUAUGUGACAUACAAGCAGUGAACAGACAGAUACAAUAAAAAAUUAUGAAACAA